GUUUAUGCUUCAGGGUGGGUAGUUCAUUUCUUCAGAGGGGAAUACAGUGUUGUUAAUCAAGAUGCAGUUCAUGCUUCUAUUCAGCCGACAAGGCAAGCUCAGGCUUCAAAAGUGGUACGUGCCUUUGUCUGAUAAGGAGAAAAAGAAGAUCACCAGGGAGUUGGUGCAGACGGUCCUGGCUCGAAAGCCCAAAAUGUGCAGCUUUCUGGAGUGGAGGGACCUCAAGAUCGUAUAUAAGAGAUAUGCCAGCCUGUACUUCUGCUGUGCCAUCGAGGACCAGGACAACGAGCUCAUCACACUGGAGAUCAUCCACAGAUAUGUGGAGCUGCUGGACAAAUACUUUGGCAGUGUUUGUGAGCUGGACAUUAUUUUCAACUUUGAGAAGGCCUACUUCAUCCUGGAUGAAUUCCUGCUGGGUGGUGAAGCUCAGGAGACGUCCAAAAAGAACGUAUUGAAGGCCAUUGAGCAGGCCGACUUGUUACAGGAGAAUAUAGACUUUCAGAUGCGCCUAUUUGCAGCCCCGUCAUGAGUACUUUAAUGUGCCUGUGUACUGAUUGGCUGCCAUCGCUGCUGCUGCUGCUGCUGCUGCUGCUAUCCACCCUGCAUGCUGAGCUCCUCAGUGCCUGGCACCUUGCUCUCUGCCCUCUGAGCAUCUGUUAUUGCCAUGUGGUUUGGGGGGUGUUAAAAUAUUCUCAGCUCACUGUUCAGCUCCAUACAUGACAGUCAUGAUACGAUAUUGUCACAGUGUUAAUUUAAAACUACAGUAAAUGAUGAUAACACUUAGAGAAGUUACUCAUCAGUGUGUUUAUUAAUAAUAAUGUAAUGUGUUGUGUGGUGACAUAUUGGUACAUGCCUGUCAUUCAUCCACUUAUUAUUGGUUUCAUUGCAAUAGUUGAACACCUCUCUUUAUUAUUCACUGUAAAACAGCAAGUGCCAUCAUGAACCAAGAGAAAGAUCCACUUACUAGAUUUUCUUCAGCGUGUUAAACCUUCAUCAGUGAAGGGAAGUACAGCUUUAAAGGGGACUGCCACCUAUGAAUGUGAGCGAUUCUCUCAAAGCCAGAAACCAGAGAAGUGAGUCUUAAACUUGUGAUGUCAUCAAGUAUAAAGUCUGGAGCUGCUCCAUAAACGAUGAACAAGAGACUGAUUUUGUGGACCCACUGAAUAUUUGUUUUCUUUUUUAUAUCACACCGGCGGUGAACGCUGUGUGUCAAAACAUAAGCCCCCACACCAGCGGCUGCUGGAUGCACAUCUGGAUGUAAUGCUGUACGGCACUUCAUGCCACUGUCCUUGCUACCCUGAGAAUUAAAUGCACCCCUCCCCCCAGUCGCUCUCUGCUUGUAUAUACCAGCUCCCAUUGCACCUCUUCUUCUCUGCUCCUAUGGCAGCUCGACUCCUCUCCUCACCAUUGAUGCAUAAAGAGAACUCUGUUGCUGUUGCUGUGUCUCGUGUGUGACGAAACAUAGAUGAGGAGAGACUUGUGGUUGAGGUUGAGCUCAACAACCCACAAUCCAGACAUUAUAAAGGCAAAAAGAUAUAUUGGGUGAAAGAUUAACUUUAAUUAGGGGCUCUCCACACAUGAUUUUAAGCUAACGCAGACGUGGAGGAGUUACAGUAGUAGUAACUUUGUGUGCUUGUAUGUUAACGAGCUGCGGCGCAAUGUGUUCAGUGUGUGCUGGGGCGGCACGUGACACGUGUGUCAUGUUUCUAGCUUCAGUGUCAUCUGGAACAUCUUUCACCAUGGAGCAGUGGCAGACUUUAUACCUUGUGACAUCACAAAUUAGAGUUUUAACACUCUAGUUUUUGGAUUUUGAAGA